UCGUGUCUUAUCUGUCUGUGCGAAGCAGGAAGUCACAAACUACACUUCUCCUUUCGCAUGGCAUCUCAGAUUGAUGACUAAAUAAAAUAUAACAUUUUUAAUUACUGCUAAAAUAGAAUUCAAAGAAUAAAAAGAAAAUAAUUUUAAAUUUGAAUUUAUAUUUUUUUGAGUGAGAUUUGUGAAUCCGAGGAAGGAAUCUCUGAUCAUGUCAUGGAAGUGCGAGGAAGACGAAUUAAUUACGAAUAAUUAAUGAAUGAAAUUUUUUGUCUUUUUUAGGAAUCCCCAAAUUGAUUCGUUUUUGCCAUUUCUGAUCGAAAUUCGAGUUCAAACAAGCAGUGGAAAAUCGAUACAUUCGGUGUCUAGAGAAGAAAGCAAAUGGCGGUAUCGAGGAUUGGAUUGAAUGCUUGGUUUAACAAGAAGAUCGUCGAUCCUCUUUACCAAAUUAUUAGCAGGGGUACAGAGCCGAAGCAACUGGCAUUCUCUGCAGCCCUUGGAAUUACUCUGGGAAUAUUUCCAAUAUGUGGAGUCACUGUUCUGCUAUGUGGGAUGGCUAUUGCUUUGCUUGGGUCUCUGUGCCAUGCUCCAACUGUGAUGUUAGCUAAUUUUGUUGCAACACCCAUAGAGUUGAGUCUUGUUGUACCCUUCCUGCGCUUUGGUGAAGUUAUCUCUGGUGGACCUCAUUUUCCAUUGACUUCUGAUGCUUUGAAGAAGGUAUUGACAGGCCAAGCUUCACAUGAGGUCUUAUUAAGCAUUACCCAUGCGUUACUGGGAUGGCUUGUUGCAGUGCCUUUUAUUUUAGCUGCACUCUACAUAAUGUUUUUUCCAUUUUUCAAGAUCUUGGUUCGCAAGUUCAACUCUGUUCCAUCAAGCCCAAGAAAAUCACCCAACUCGUUUACCGAAAUCCAGCUCAAGGUAAGGGAUGUUUGAUCGGUAUUGUAUAAGCACUCAUUUGGUUUGCUUAUCUUCCUGAGAAUGGUAUCGCCUGUACAUAUAACUUACCUAAAUGUUGCUUGUAUAUAAAUGUAACCUUCUUGUAUUCCAUUCAUUCUCCUAUUUGGGUCUAUGCUUUGGGAAAUCUCAUAUGAAUAUCUAACCCUUGGUAUGUUUUGAAGUUUUUGC